AUGACGGCAGGGCUAAAAACCAUCAUAUCCCUCUCUUUCAUCCUCGCAAUCGGCUUCCUCCUCGUCAUCCUAUCCGCCGCUCUGUGGCAUAACUUCCUCCCCCUCCUCGUCGUUGCCACAUAUGUGAUAGCCCCGCUACCGAACUGGAUAUGCGGCCGCUGUGCCAACCCGGAUGAUUUCAUGGAGAGCGCGGGGAGCGCUGUGGUUGACUUUGGGAGGUGGUGUACUGGAUUCCUUGUUGUGAUGGGUGUUGCUCUCCCGGCUCUCCUGGCACAUAGCGGCGCCAUCCAGAUGUCCGCGAUGGUGAUGUCGAUCCUAGGCGGUCUGUUGAUAUACGGCACCAUCAUCAGUUUCUCGAUGUUUUUCCAAGAGCAGGAGGAAUUCUAA